AUGACCGAAUUUCGGAGGUUGGCAUGCUGCUCACCGCGAAUGCCAUGGAAUCGAACUCGAAGUUUCUCACUGAACAGAUCCUACGGUAACACGCGAUCGGUGAUAAGAGAUGAGGACUUGUUAGAGGCGCCCGAAUCACCACUCAAUAGCGAGCCGCUUCUGAUCAAGGAGCGCCUUAGCCCGUUACCCGAAAUAUCGCCGUCAAACUCGUGGCAACGGAAAAAACUUUCCUUCCAAACAUUUAGCAAUGGAAUACAGGAGCGAAAGAAGAGCGACGAGAAUCAUAUCCGGCUUGAAAUGGACUCCAUAAGCACCGCCUCGAAAGUUUCGGAUCUCUAG